UUGACAUAAACAUACAAUUACAAAUGUACACACAGUUUGACUAUUAAAAAAAUUCAGUACUCGUACCAAUUAAUGCACAAAAACCCCAUAAACUCGUAUAAAAAUGUGCACUACAUAAAACAUCGCGUGUUUUAAAAACUGAAACAAAAAUUAAACCCCCAAAACGCUUUCAACAAUGGAUAUGACAAAAGACAUUAUUGAUUAUACACAGAAACAUACAGAUACAGCCGAACGCUUAAUUGCCAGCUAUCAAUCGCCAGUGUCCGAGAUCAGCGACGGAGAAGCGAGCGCACGCGCAUGCGCCACAUCCUCGCCAUUUCAAGUGAGCACCAACAUUGUUGACGCCAAAUUAGUUAACUCACCAAAAGCACAUAACGAGCUAACCAUCAACACAGUGGCCAGUGAAAUGCAUACGACAGCAGCUGCACCAGCCGCUUCGCCACAAGCAGACGCCAUGGAACAACAGCAGCAGCAGCAGCAGCAGCAGCAGCACGCGCACGAGUUUGCAAGCGCCACCAAUGCUGAUACAACAGCUGACACAAGCGCCAAGGCGCAACCACCAACACAACAGCCACCCAAAAAUACAGGCGCAGGCACGGGCGCCGGCACUGUUAUGAGCGGUGACAUAACACCGCCGCCACGCCCAUUCACCACCAGUGAGGUGGUGGGCCUGAGCAGCGCGCUCGACGAUGAUCCUGAUUUGCGCGUUGAUGUGCAGCUGCCGAAAUCACGUUCGCUGCCCACCUCGCCCGAUCAUCACCGACACAGCUUAGACUCGGCUUCGGCGGAGCUUCUGUCGCGCAUGAACGCUGCAUUGUUUGAAUUCGAGCAGCGACGCGGGCUGGAUGCAUCCAUACAUAUGCCGCUGGCUGCGGGCUUAUCGAAGUUUGCAAAGUCCAGUUUGGCAAACGCGACACCACUAACCGCAGCGCGCAAGUCCAUUUCGCCCAUUGGAGGGCUGAAGUCCAAGAAGCAGUUGGCUGCUGCAGCAGCAGCAGCGGUGGCCAGUAAUGCACAGCAACAGCAAUUCUGUUUGCGCUGGAAUAAUUAUCAAACCAAUUUGACAAAUGUCUUCGAUGAACUGCUGCAAAAUGAGUCCUUCGUCGAUGUGACGCUUGCCUGCGAGGGUCAGUCUAUCAAAGCGCACAAAAUGGUGUUGUCCGCUUGCUCGCCAUACUUCCAGGCGCUUUUCUACGAUAAUCCUUGCCAACAUCCGAUCAUCAUAAUGCGCGACGUGCGAUGGGAGGAGCUGAAGGCCAUCAUGGAGUUCAUGUAUAAGGGCGAGAUCAACGUGAGUCAAGAGCAGAUAAAUCCGCUGCUCAAAGUUGCCGAAAUGUUAAAGAUACGCGGUUUGGCUGAGGUGAGUGCCAGCGGCGGACAUGGUAUGGCCGCACCACAUCCUAUGAUGCCUGAACAGCGCAUGACCAUUUUCGAUGAAGACGCCGAUGACGGAGAGAGCGACGACGAUGCGGACGGUGGCGAAGAUGGUUGCCAGAAACCGAAGCGCGCACGCAUGUUGGAUGCGGCGAUCGAAAAAACGUAUCCACAUGUAGCAGCGCUUGAUUUGAAUUUGAGCGCACAGCGUCAGCGUAAACGCUCUAGAGAUGGCCUCUUCACCGACAAUAAUAUGACGCGCUUUGGCGGUACCACAGCAAUACCUGUCACUGUCAAUGUGGGAGACGGUAGCGCAAAUUCAACUACAAAUGCCGGCGAUGCAACAAACAACGCUAAUGCCGAUGCCAUGCCACAACCACCACCCGUUGCCGUGACCACUUCGACCAUUGUACGCAAUCCUUUCGCUUCGCCAAAUCCCAACAGCGGCAAUGCAACAGCGGCUGGUGGCAAUUCAACUAAUUCACAGUCCACCACCAUAACGCUUUCGACAGCUGCACCAUCAUCCGGCAACUCUACACCCACACCAACCAGCACAACACCGCAUGCACCGGGCACACCAACAUCGCAUGCCGGCGCUGGCCACUCGUCGUAUCGUUCGUCUGGUCGCAGCAGUUCACCACCGUUGCCGUCGGCCAACAGCCUCAAAGGCGCAAUGUCUUCACCGGCCGCCAAUGCAAGCGGCAUUUCCUUGAAUGUACAUUCCCAUCCUGCCGCGGCGGCUGCUGCUGCAGCUGCUCUCAGCGUUAAUCCACAUCAUCCACACCAUCCACAUCAUCAUCAUCAUGCCGCUGCUGCCGCCCAACAGCUAGCCGCUCAACAUCAAUUGCAUGCUGCAGCACAUUCACAUGCCGCCAUGGCUUCGGCGCUUGGCGCUACGUUGGCUGCUGGCGCUGCUGGUGCGGGUGCGGGUGCAAGUGGCGCAGCCUCAGGUAGUGCGCCGAAUUUGACUUCGUCGGUGGGUCAUCAUGACGAAAUGGAGAUUAAGCCGGAAAUUGCUGAGAUGAUACGCGAAGAAGAGAGGGCUAAAAUGAUUGAGAGCGGACAUCCUUGGAUGAGUGGUGCAUCAUCCUCUUCAGUAACCGCAGACAGUUACCAAUAUCAAUUGCAGUCGAUGUGGCAAAAAUGUUGGAACACCAAUCAGCAAAAUCUGGUGCAACAAUUGCGAUUUCGUGAACGUGGCCCGCUAAAAUCGUGGCGUCCCGAAGCAAUGGCCGAAGCUAUAUUCAGCGUAUUGAAAGAAGGUCUCUCACUCUCACAGGCUGCACGUAAAUUCGAUAUACCCUACCCUACUUUCGUGCUGUAUGCCAAUCGUGUGCAUAACAUGUUGGGUCCCUCGCUGGAUGGUGGCGCCGAUCCGCGUCCGAAGGCGCGUGGACGUCCACAACGUAUAUUAUUGGGCAUGUGGCCGGAGGAACUGAUACGUUCCGUUAUAAAAGCCGUGGUAUUUAGGGAUUAUCGUGAAAUUAAAGAGGACUUGGGACACGUGUAUGCCAAUGGACAAAUGCAAGGGGCCUCUCCUUUCGGUGCCGCUGGCAAUGCAGCCGUUGCUGCCGCUGCGGCCAACGGUUACCACAACGCCGCCGCCAAGCUAGCCGCACAGAAUGCCGCGCUCGCGCCACCCGAUUCGCCCAGUCCACUCACCACCAUGACCGAAACACUGCGCCGCCAAAUAAUGUCACAACAACAACAAUCGCCCAUUUCGCAAACGAUGAACAUGUACAAAUCGCCAGCUUACUUGCAACGUUCCGAGAUCGAAGAUCAGGUAUCGGCAGCGACAGCCAAGCAGCAUGCAGAAGCGCGACGCGCAUCCGAUAGCAUGCCCGAUUUGAGCGCGCUUGGUGGGCUGAUGGGUAUACCCGGCUUGAAUGUGAUGCCCGCGCAGGCGGCCGCCUCGCGCGUCAGCCAAAUGCAUCAGAGUGGCGCCAACUAUGCACGCGAGCGGGAACGUGAGCGCGAGCGGGAACGUGAACUAAAAGAAGCAAUGCAAGCGCGUCAGUAUGGCAAUCAAUCGCGUGGCUCCAUCGGUGCUGGAAGUGGUGCUGCUGGCGGCGGUGGUAGUGGUGGUGGUGGUGGUAGCGGCGGUGGUAGUAGCGCUCAAAAGCUGCCAGUCACUGCAGUUGCGGCUGCUGCUGCCGCUGCUGCGGCUGAUCCGGCCGCCGCCUAUGCGCACUACAAGAGCAAGGAACACGCUACCAACUAUGCAUUCAAUAAACGCUUUGCCGAGACGCUGCCGCCAGGUAUUGACUUUGAGGCGAUCGCUAAUGGUUUGCUACAGAAAUCGGUCAAUAAAAGUCCACGCUUCGAAGACUUCUUUCCCAGUGAAUUCUUUGGCAAUGCUGAAGGCGCUGCCAGUGCUGGAGCGGCAUAUCCACCAACGCGCGAAUCACCGCUAAUGAAGAUCAAGCUGGAGCAUCAAGCGAGUGCUGAGGUGCCACAUGAAGAUUAAAGGAAAUAAGGUGAGAGUGGCUGAGCAAAGGGGAAUGGAAUGGGGGGAAAGAAAUGCUUCCUUUGUGUAGGAAAGCUUCCUUUGUGUAGGAAAGGGUAAGGCAAUAAUUUAGUCGUUCGUAGACUUACACAUGCACGUAAAUACAUAUA